AUGAAUGGUGUACCGCAGACACCGCGCCUCCGCAGCGCAUACCCUCAGACACCUCCUCGGAACCCGCGAGAUGGCUCAUCGGCCGCAUUCGCGAGGAGAUCACAGCCGGUCCAAACAACACCACUACCGCAAAUACCCACCCUCAAAUCACAACCCAGCGCUCCUCCCAGCGAGCCCUUAAUACCAGAGACCCUCAUAGAAGCGCCGCAGCAAAGACUCUACGCCUUUGCAUUAUGGGUUCUUUUUCUGUCCUGGCGAUUAUAUGACUUCUCCGGUCUGCAAGAGUCGGAGGAGCAGAGCUUGUGGUUGUUCAUGAAAUGGGUCGCAAUAGACGGAGUCUUUCUUUUCGGGCUGCCGAGCCUGCGGAUACCGUGGCUGGAAUGGAGCUCGCCGACAAUGACGCUGAUCUUCCUGGCGCAUGCUGUGGUGGACGGUAUGCUCAUGUUCAGAGUACCAAUCCCGAUAGGAGCUGGGUUUGCCUUUCUCUGGAGCGGCAUAUGGGGCGCCUAUGAGACGGCCGUGACCGAGCACAGCGCCAAUCCAGACAGGAUCAUGUUCAACGAUUCGCUCAUUCUGGGGAGGCAAGUCAUCCACAUUCUGCCCGAGGGCUCGGCGGUGUUGAACCCGGAUCGAGAUGCCUUCUGCAUUGAUCACACUCGGACUGAGGCACGACUACCAAUCAGAAUCAACGCUACCAAUCCGAUUGAGAUGUACUUGAUGCGGGUGGAUCUGGACACAGAGGCGAACGAGACGUACAGAAUCAGCAAAUCGCAAAUCAAGACCAUGCAUCGCGAGGCAUCUCGAUUACUGUCGUACAGCGACAAGCCCAACGAGCCCAAAACGCUCUACUACUCAGUCAAAAAGCCUGGCCUCUACGUACUGGAGAAGGUAAUGGAUGAGACAAACCUGGAGGUGUCACGGAAGCAAUUGGCGCAUACCGUGGUCGUUCCGUGCCCAAAGGCAGAACUUCUAUCCAAUGAACCCAAUCGUUGUAGAGGCGAGCUUUCGGACGUCUCGAUCCAGGUGACAGGGACGCCGCCAAUGAGAGUCAAAUUCCGGACGGUGAUCAACAAGUCUACCCACGAUCUCUCAUUCGACAACCUCCAGCCCGAUGAUCUGGUGUCGCCUCUCAUGCGGCAGAAUCAGAACUCGUUGGUGGUGCCGAGAAAGGUCGAGGUGGAAUGGGCAAAGGCACGCACAGUAACCGUGCCCCUGACCGAAGGGAUGUCUGCUGCAGGAACAUGGACUUACGCUGUCGACGAGAUUGCGGACGGCUUUGGCAACACCGUAAGCUACUCCACCCGCGAUCAGCAGGAACAAGAGCGUCAUCCUGCGCGAUUCUCCGGAAAACUCCAUCAAGACAUCACCGUCCACGAGCGACCGAACGUCAACCUCCAAGGCUGCACUCCGCAGAAUCCUCUGAAAGUUGCCGAAGGACACUUUGCCAACCUCCCACUACAGUAUGGCUCUACUGGUCGUGGUGCGAUCCAGGGGACGGCGUAUAUCUUGGAGUACAAGUUUAGUCCGCAGAUUGAUCUCGGAUCGAACGGCGAGCACGGCACUGCCCCGAGAAUAGAGACUGUCAAGGUCGGAGACAGCUCACAACUACCGCAAAUCAAAGAGCCCGGUCUGUACACCCUCACUGGUGUGUCCACAGAGUUUUGUAGAGGAGACGUCCUUGAGCCAGCUUCAUGCCUGCUGCAAAAUCCCCCCAAGCCGAAACUCGCGAUUGCAGACGAGGCCAUCUUUGACAAGUGCGCCGGAAGCCCUAUUGGGCUGCGUGUCGACUUGGACAUGAUCGGAACACCGCCGUUUGAGAUCUCGUACCGUAUUACUCGAAAAGGCGACGGACAUCACUACAACGAGGUCGAGAAGGUUGGCGGUCUCCGUGGUCAGCUCAAUCUCACACCGAAUCAGGCCGGUAUGUACACCUACGAGUUCCUCACCAUCAGCGAUGCAGUGUACAAAGGCCAGCGGCUUGACGGCUUCAAGCUGGAGCAGUCCGUGAAGCCAUCUGCAUCUGCCAAGUUUGUGCAGGUGAGCGAUCAGGUUGGCUGCAUCGACGAGCAAGCAAAGGCUCGGGUGGCGUUGGUGGGAGAGGCGCCGUUCAGACUGGAAUGGGAGCUUGUGCACGGUGGAAAGCGCAAGAAGUUUGAAGAGACCAACAUUACAGCCUCUGCCAUCACGUUGGAGACCGAGCCGCUGGUCGACGGUGGGGACUAUAGGAUGGGCCUCAUCAGUAUCACCGAUAGACUUGGCUGCAAAGAGUUCCUACAAGAUGAAACGAAGGUCACAAUACGCCAUCAGAAGCCCAAGGUUGCAUUUGGCAUGAUUGAUGGGCGGCGAAUUGUCGACACUUUGGAAGGCAAGCAGGUCGCACUCCCACUUCGACUGGCCGGCGAAGGACCUUGGUCCAUCAAGUAUCUCGAUCACAAUGGACGACAACAGAGCUUGAACGCGAACAGCCCCAACGACCGACUCUCUGUUGAUCACGAAGGGAUGUACAAGCUCGUUGAUGUCUCGGACAAGACGUGUCCUGGGGUCGUGGAGGAGUCGGCCCAAGACUUUCAAGUUACCUGGAUCCCGAGACCGGAGCUGCGCAUCGCACCGCAGGAGAUCAAGGAGCAGAAGGGAAGAACAGUUGUGAAGGAGGAAGUCUGCGAAGGCGACGAGGAUGCGGUCGAGGUCCUCUUCAAGGGCUCUCCUCCCUACCAUCUGUCGUACACGCAGUCCGUCAAGCCUGAGCAUGGCGCCGUGGCGCCCAAGAACAAGGACCUUCGCGCCGCGCUGAACCUGGCGUCGCUCCGCAUGGAUACGACUCAGGCCGGCUCGUACGAGUACAAGUUCACGAAACUGGAGGACUCCAACUACGACCACAGCGCCGCGCACUUCACGCCCCUCACGAUCCAACAAAAGGUCAACGCGCGUCCCUCUGCCGCGUUCGCGAACCCGGGUAAGACGUACGGCUUCUGCUCCGUGGAGUCGGAUGGGGAAGAGGUCAUUCCCGUCACGCUUCAUGGUGUCGCACCGUUUGAGCUCGAGGUCGAGAUCAAGCACCACGGCAGCGUGAAGCCGGAACUCGUGUCCUACAACAACAUCGCGACCAACACGCACAGCAUCCGCAUCCCACACUCGCGUCUGCACCUGGGCAAAUCCGCCGUGUCGCUCCGCCGGGUCAGCGACGCUCGUGGCUGCGCUCGCACGCUCGACAGCACGACGCCUCGCGUGCAGAUCUCGGUGCACGACGCACCCACCAUCACUCCACUGGAGACACACACGGACUACUGCGUCGGCGACCGGAUCAAUUUCGCCCUCACGGGCUUCGCCCCCUUCACCGUCUACUACACGUUCGAAGACAAGCCGCACCGCGCGACGCUCUCCUCGGGCAGCAACACCUUCCGCCGCCUGGCGGAGAAGCCGGGCACCUUCACCAUCACCGGCCUCUCCGACUCGGCCUCGUCCUGCCGCAGCUCCACGAACCUGACCAAGCAGAUCCACGGCAUGCCCUCGGUGCGCGUCUCGCGCGGCAAGGACUCGUACGUCGACAUCCACGAAGGCGGCCAGGCGGAGAUCCUCUUCGAGUUCGGCGGCGAGCCGCCGUUUGAGUUUACGUACACGCGCAGCGCGAAUACGGACCAGAAGAAGGGAGGAGGAGGCGGUGGUGGUGGUGCGGUGCUGGACAUGCGCAGUGAGGUGUCGCCCGGUAGGGAAUUGAGGCUGUGGGCGAGCGAGGAGGGGACGUAUGAGGUCGUGGCCGUCAAGGAUAAGUUUUGCGCGUAUACCAAGCCUGGGGUCAAGGCGGUGGAGAAGAAGGAUGGCGCGAGGAAGCGGUUGGGGGGGUUCUAG